AUGUCGCGCACGGCAGUGCGUCACUCAGCGACUGAGACCGCAACGGAACCGGACGUCGAAGACCUGAUCCAGUCCGACAAUGUCGACGCAGCAGCGCGUCGAUCGGCGCUUUCGUCGUCUCCCCACGAAGGUUCGCGCCACGAGUUCCAGUCCCACGAGCUACAAACGGUGCGCUCGGAGCUGCUCGAGUGGUACGACGUGCACCGUCGAAAGCUUCCGUGGCGAGGCGACGCGCCGCCAUAUGUGACGACUACAACACACAGUAGUCAGGAGAAGGAGAAGAAGAGGAAGACACGGGCUGGUGCCGUCCAAGCGUCUGCGCUACGGUCGUUUCUCAAGGUGUCAGGGACGCAAAAUGUCAAGAGUGACAGCACGAGCGAAGCUGCUAUGGCUGUCGCCCAGGUCGAAGAUGCUCAGCCGAGAAACGUGUCACCGUAUGAGACGUGGGUGUCGGAGAUUAUGCUGCAGCAGACGCGCGUGGACACUGUGGUGGAGUACUUUUUGCGCUGGAUCGACAAGUUCCCGACAGUCGCUGCUCUCGCGGAAGCUCAUGAAGAGGACGUGAACGCUUUGUGGGCAGGACUGGGGUACUAUCGACGUGCGAGGAUGCUGCAUGCUGGCGCGAAGUAUGUGGUGAAUAAUCAUGGCGGAGAGCUGCCAUCGACAGUUGACCAAUUGCUCCUGAUACCAGGCAUUGGACCAUACACGGCAGGAGCUAUUGCUUCCAUCGCCUUUGGUAUUCGUGAGCCGCUAGUAGACGGCAAUGUGAUUCGCGUGAUGGCUCGAAUGCGGGCUGUCGGCGCAGACCCGAAGAACAAACAGCUGAUCAAGUUUUCGUGGAAGACAGCGAGCGAGCUCGUGAGUGGAUGCGACCGCCCUGGAGCGCUGAACCAGGCACUGAUGGAGCUCGGGGCUACAAUGUGCACAGUUCAGAACCCUCGAUGUUCCGACUGUCCUGUCAAGUCGGUGUGUUUAGCAUACGAAGAGAAACACGUUGUCACGCCCAAGAGCAAGAGCCUUAGUGCUUCCGAGGUGCCUACUGAGUCAAGUAGUGCAUGCACCAUCUGUGACUUUACGCGUGCUAUGGAGUGGAAUGAAAGCCAAAGUGAAGUCACCAAGUAUCCACUGAAGGCGAAAAAGAAUGACUCGAGACAGGAGGUCAUCUGCGUUGCAGUGGUUUCGUCACCUCUCAGUACAUCAAGAGCACCUGAGCGAGAAACCUCGAAGGCAACGAGUACCAAGGCAUCCUCGUCUUGUUCGUCUCCCUGGCAGUUUCUCAUGUCAAGACGUCCCGACGGAGGUCUAUUGGCUGGACAAUGGGAGUUCCUCCAUAGCAAGAUAAGCGACGGCGACACGAUCCCCUCUUUCUCCAAGCGGAAGACGUUCAUGGACAGGCGGCUCUCGGACUUACUCGGACAGUCAGCGCUCUCUCGCUCCAGCAACUUACUCGAAGAUCGACGCGACGUUGGCGAGUUGACGCACGUUUUCUCGCACGUGAAGCACCACAUGGGCAUUGAGCACUUGCACUUCAAGCACGAGCCAAAGCUAUUGAGCACCUUCGAGUCGGACGAAAUCCGGUGGAUGACAGUCAACGAGAUGCAGCAGUUGGGCAUUACGACGGGCGUCAAGAAGAUUUUGCACCUCGCCUUGAACCGGGACAAAGGCCAUCGUCAUCGUCAGAGUUCGACGGCUCCGAGCCAGACGAAAGCCCAGUCAAGUUUGACUCGUCGAGUGUCACACGUCGCAGGUGAUGGCAGCCGAAAGCGUCUGAAAAGUAUUGCGUGUUUUUUUCCGAAAUAA